GAGGCAGGAAGCGUCUGGGAUGCCACUGUUCUGGAUAGGGCAAGGACCAUAACCCUCGAGGUCUUUGCUGAAGACGAGAGUGCCAGUGUACAGGCGACUUUGUAUAAAAUGGGCCAGCGAAUCAUCGCAGAGAACGCCAGUGUUCAAAGUGUUAGUGAUGCGCUUCCAAACAAACAUUAUAUUCCGGUGGAUAUGAGUCAUACAGUGGGGUGGAAAAUUUGA